CUCUCUCUUUCUCUCUCUCUUUCUCUCUUCUUCUUUCUUCUUCUCUUCCUCUCUCUUUCUUUCGCUUUGUACUUCUCUCUUCUUCCUUUUUCCUCAUCGUCCCCUCGUUCCACUGUCAUUGCAUUCUUGUCAUUCCAUUAGUCCAACCUUCUUUUCUGUUUUCUUCUCCCACAAUUGCUCUAAAAAAAAAAAAGUGCUUCGCCCUACUGCACACUACCUUUCUCCACCUUCCCCUAUCUGACUGACAGCUCCCACUUCUUGUUCCAACCAUACCCCUCGUUAUCAGCGCUCCCUCGUUGCUCCCUAUGAGGGUCAAUCAAGGUGCCACAAUUGCCCACACACGUCAGGCUGAAAAGAUAUCCCCAGUUCUCCAUGACCACACUCACAUAUACAACCACACCAAUGCAUAUGACCACAGCAAGCAGGACAAAGACAAAGAAGACGGCGAACUACUACGGCGCAAGGUCCAUGUGAAGGAACACCACCGCUCUCAAGACGCAGAUGUGGUACGCCUUGGGAUCACCAUCGAAGACAAGGCCUGCGAUACAAUCACCGAUAUCCAAAUGGAACCGGCAUCAGGCCGCGAUGUUGACACAGCACCUUCUGUAACCGCCCAGCAGCCAGAUCUAGGCUUUUGUAACACCAAGAGCAAAGAGGAUUUCCCGCAGCAACAGCAACCCUCAAACAAUGGUUCGACUGCCCCCAUAUCGUCUCCCUCAUGUGCACAGCCGUUGGGGGCGAGUGAUCACCGCAACAAUGGCCAUACCAACGAAGAAGGCCUCGAUCUGUGGCACAAAUGGAUUGCACAGCAACAAAACAAAGCUAAUUCGACCAACCCUCAGAUCACGCCUCGACUGCUUUUGGAAUACUUGAACGCCGUCAUCCUACCAAUGGAGCUCUCCUCAGAACCGAAACCAAUGGUCCAAACAUACGUUAAACCCAUCCUGCAACUCUGGGAGCAACAGCAGCCUCAAGUGAAAGAAACCUCGCCAGGAAAUAUCGAGCGAGAUCAACUCCAAACUUCAUCUCUACCGCCUGCGCUCCUGGCCACACAUGAUUUCAACGGAACCACAGCUACACAACGGCAACAAGAUCAUCUGGAGCGAUUGAUCCAGCUAGAGCGGUCGCAUCGGGAUACUACUCUCGUCAUUUCGCAGUUACAGGAGCAAGUUCGGUACCUUUUGCGAGACAAAGAGAGGGGACUGCGGUCGUGGGAUCACGAUGAAACCUACCUCCAGAGACGUCGACUCCAACGUCCCCUAUCGCCUUCUCCCCCUGGCGAGGUGAUCCAUCCUCCUCGCAGUCAUGUCCUCUUGCACCGUCCGCAUUUAGGUGCACGUUCACACUCGGAGAUCAUACAGUAUGAGCCAUAUUCUCACCACUCUCCACAGCAUGUAGAUUUUCAACAGGGGGAGUCCUUGGGGGUUAUAUCGCUUGAGCCGCCGAUCCGCAAUCGAAAACGGAGUAGCAGUAUGGGUGGACCGGGAGCACUCAUCAGAGAGAACAUCAAGCAAGCGCGUUCAUGCUCACCCCCGCGACCAAGGACAAACUCUGGUGCGACCGCACGGGAGGGGAGCCUGGCACUGACAGCUAGUCAUGACAGCAGUAACAACGUACCAGGGGGUGAAGGCCAUAUUCAUGCGCAAUCUCAGCCACCUCAGUCGGCCUCAGUCCCGCCGUCAGCAUCUCUGACGUAUUCCAAGUCGUUCAGUGGCGCGGUCUCAGACACAUCGGCGCCCUUAAAGGAUGGCUCAUCGAUCUCGAUCCAGUACGGUACGGUAGACAUGCAUAAGAGUCAGACAGCACAUUACAGACAGCAUUCACGCUCGAUUCGCGGACACAAGUACUCGCAUACAUCUCAGCUCUCGCGUUCGGUGCCCUAUCUGGACGAUGAAUAUCUGAUGUUCCAUCAGCAGCAACAGGGCCAUAUAUUCCAGCAUCCUGAAGAUGAGUCCUCCGCCGCUGCAUUCGACUCGCAUGGUAUUGAGCACCACUACUCGCCCUAUUUUCAAUCGAACACCAAUCACGGCUACCGUGGACGGCACUGCAGGAACCAGGACUCGGUCUCAAGCCAAUAUUCGUCUUCACAGCACCAAUACCAGCGCAAUGACUCUCGAGUGUAUCAUGAGUAUGAUCUACAUACGCAUCCGCAGCAGCAACAACCGCAAUUGAGCAACUACCGUGACCAGAAGGACGAAGAUGUCAAACCGAUCACACAGCAGCAUCAGCAAGAUAAUUAUCAUGCGAUGCAUUCGAAGAAACACCAGCAACAAGAGGGGCCACCACCAAUUUAUGUGAUGAACCGACAGGUCAACACUGUACCAGAACUGUGGAAGGAAUGGACUGUGGGCCUCGGAUCUGGGAACCCGAGUAUACGGCAGCUGGAAGCACAGUUCGGACCGAGCUGGAGGACGAGUAGUUCGGCGGCGAACUUCUUUUCGAGACGGUUGAGGAUCAUCAAUGAGAUUCAGCGGAUGAUCGAUUUUGAAGGGCUGAGCGAGGACGAAGCUGUCAAUAAGUUGGAGGCGAGGCGAGAGCAGGGAGUGGUGGUGCCGGGGACGGAGGGCGUUAUUGGACCGGAUGGGCAGCCGGCGCAGCAGACGACAGGAGGGAUGUCGUUGCAUCGGCUAUCGGAGAUCUUGAGGAAGAAGCAGUUGUGAAGGAUUAUAUUUUUUUUGCGAGCAUUAUUGUGUACUCUAUAGAACUUCAUUUAGAAAUAUGGCUCAAGUUUGCAUUUGUCGUCCUUAAAACGAUUUGCAUCAUUCAAAUCGUUUCCUUUGCUUCUUUCUGUCUUUUUUCUUCUUCCUAAUCCCUUUUUUUAUGAUAUGACAGUGUUGAACUUGAGAUUUGCACACGCUUGUUAUACUUGCGAGAAA